CGUUAUCAUCGUGGCAUUAUAUUAAUGAUAAUGAUAAUGAUAUUAUGAUGUUGAUUUAUAACGUCAUAUUUUGUCAUGAGCUUACGGCGAUUGGGUCGCGGAGCAGCCGUCAUCGUAUCGGUGUGUCGCACGCGCAUAAUGUUAUUAUACGAUACUAAUGUACAUAGUAUGAUCGGCAGGUGGCGCGGAGGAUUGCUGGUGUCCUGCGUACGCUCUGCUUACAUGCGCGCGCGAUCCCACGUAUAAGGGUUGGGUAGUAGUCACGUCGGGGGUAGGAAGGGGGAAUUGCGGCGCCCGUAACUAGAGUGCUCGGCAUUAUCGACCUGUACGCCAUCUGAUUUGCCGCCGAGUCGUUUCCCGACGAAACGCGCAGUCUGCCGCUCAUUCAUGUUCGCCGCGAUCCUGUGCCCGAAAAACACCUAAAAAUACUAACUUGCACACACACAUACACAUACUCACACACAUACACACUCACACACACGCACGCAAACACGCGCCCCGCACACACACACACACACAUCGGAAAUUAUAUUGUAUUAUCAUAAAUAUAUAUUUUGACUAACCGUCGUCAUUAUAUCACGUUGCCGUCGUUGUCGUCGAGAACACCGUCGCGGAUUACGAGUGUCUAUAUUUUGGGUUGAUUUUAUCGUCGUUGCAUCCCUCAGUCCGCCGUUGCUCGUUGAAUGUGCGGACGAUCCGAUGCUUGCACUUUGACUGUGACUGUAGUCGCUGAUUUUCCGCGGUGUAUCGUCAUCGACCAGGCGUUUGGGUAUUGGCGGGACGGUAGCGAAAUCGAAAACGACGACAACGGCGGCGGCGGCGGUGACGGCGACAACAGCUUCGAGGUCGGUGGAGGUGCUAGCGGUGGCGACAACAAAAACGACGACGGCGACGGCGACAGAGACUGCGGUGACUGUUGAUCGGUUUGACGGAUUCGACAUCAUGGAUAAUGUGAAUUUGAAGACCGAUUGACGACCACCGUCGUUAAGUCAUGAAACAGAAGAAGAAGAAAGACGAGCCGCCGCGGCCACCGUCUGGCACAGACGAACUGCAACAGCAGCAGCAACUAUGUAACGGUGCAGGCGAGCCGAGACCUAAGAAAUCGGCACUGAAACGCACAGCGACAAGUGGCAGCUCCAAGGCAGCAAAGUCCAGCAAGCACAAACGGCACGUGCAGUUCAACGAAAGCUUGAACGUGUUCUUCGAGUCGGACUACGUAAUUGUCAUCCGGGACGAUGACUGCGAGUUUGACGAAGAGGACUUUGAUUUUUGGUCACAGCAGCCGUGCAGCUGUGGCGACGAAUCGUGUUUUCAGCCGUGGCUUGACGAUGACGAUGGCCGUGGCAUGCCACCGCUCGACCCGUACGAAGAACAGCCAGCCACGCUCAGUCCACCUGAUGGAUACAAGGACGGCUGUCCCAGGCAUGUGCCGCCGUCUCUAGACCAUCUGAAAUAUGCAGAUGAUGAUUUAGCUACAAGAUAUGGUUCGGAUGUGAUGGACAAUUCUAGCGAUACGCAUGUCGCUAUGCCAUAUAAUUCCAAUGUCAACGCAACUUCCUACCUCGAUGAUAAUAGUCAAAAAGUUCGUCAUGAAUUUUCGUCCUUACCCCGGGCAUGUAAAGACGAACAGAAGCAGCAGCAACAACAGCCACCGACAAACUCAUCUGCCCUUCAGCUAUCAAAAACAAACACUGUCUGUGAUACAAAUUCAAGUACAGGCCAGCAACCACGGUGCAUCGUAGAAACAAUAACCAUGACCACAGUUACCGAGAGACAAAUUGUGCAAGAAACUAGGCCAAUGGACGUUCCUAGUGUUGACGGUGCGUGCAAAACCGAAGAUGCAAAAGUCGUUACCGAUACCACUGCUGUUACCCCGGAUGAGGGGUAUGUAAUGAUUAAAUGUGGUAACAAUACUGUGCUGUACAACAACCGAAACCCAAACUCGGCAGUUCGACAGUUAUUUCCGUCAACAAAGUUUGUGUGCCCACCAACCCGAAUAAAGGAGACGGACGAUGCAAGAUUGUUGAACAAGUAUCUCAUCACGGAAGAGUCGCUCAGAGCGUUUGAUAGUCGGUCGAUGAACGGUGGCUUGAGUGGCGGAGGAUUCAAGAGCGAACCGCACAGCGACGACGAUGACGAUGAAACGUCGAAUAGCCUCAUUAGGCGAACUAUCGAACGAAGUACUUUAAGGCGGAACAUCGUAAAAAAAAAGAACGGUGGUGAUUCCAAAGAGAUAUCUUUAAUCGAGAAAAUCCGACGGCUGACGUGUGAUAGCGACGACGACGCCGAUGACCCGACCAAAAAGGUAUCGGGUACCAUGCAAGAUCAGGGGACCGCUUACACUGUAUUGGUGCAGUGUGAUUCGGUGACGCCGUCAGCGGCCGUCGCUACUCCGGCGUACAAAAAACUCACAGAAUUAUUGAGUAGUGGUAGUAGUGGAGGCGGCCGAUAUGAUCAAUCGCCACCAUCAACCGUUCAAUCGACGGCUGACAAUGAUCCUACUGGCAAAGCUGACGGGCUGGACCUGUGUGAGGGUCACUCGGCUAUCAGCAGUAGAGCGGCUGUUCGGUCUGCAACCGGUGCCAAACCCUUCCUGUCUACGUUAGCGACUGCAUGUGUCACAGGCAACAUGCAUCCGGCCACCGGUGGAUCAGUAGCAGGAAGCGCAUCGCAACCAUCACAUUGUCCGCAACCGGACGUGGUGGCUGGCACUCAAGCUCCCAGCACACACAGACAGGAAGAGCUUGUGGCGUUCGUGCAACAGGACUCGGGCCGCCUGGAGAAGAUCCGCAAGCGGUAUAUGCCAGCCACUGCCACCACAACCGCGACAGAGGACGAAGAUGACGAGAACGAUGAUUACGGGUUCAACCGGCGUCCGGAAGUACAUGGCAUCCGGUCCGGAUUCUCAGCGCAGAUUACCAUAAAAAAUAACCCGCAGCCGCCGCAACGUCCUCGGUCUUAUUAUGGUGACCCAGCUCUUCAGGCGCCGCCACUCGACGUCCAACCUGACUUUGUGCCCAGGUAUUCGGCAACCGCAGUGACGGCUGUUCGCGCUCGGAUCCAGGGUGACCCACGGGCCCCUCCACCGUACCCGGCCGCAUCACAACGGUCCAUCAUCAGAGUGACUCAUGGCCAACAACAGCAGACCAUCCGCGUACCAUACCAGACGGUCGGACCGGUUCAGGUGCACCUAUUGACCACAGCAGCCGCGGCUGCGUCCACCGCUACCGCCAACGUCAUCGGUCACCCACCGCAACCACAGGUUCAAAUCCGACACCCGCCUAAUGAGUACAUCGUUCAACAUGGUCAUGCCAGAAUACACCAUGGCCAACAAUUUGUUAUUGCCCGCGGCACUCAGACGGCUGCGAUAUCAACCACUCGGUAUUACCAGUUACCACCGCCUCCGUCGCCCAACAUUCAGCAGCAGCAGUUACCACAACCGCAGUUACCGCCACACGCAUUUCAGCCGUCUGACGAGCAUUCGGCGACACAAUUCAAACAGACAUCUCCCACCAGAGGAGUUUCAUCAAGCGGAAGGCUGCAGAUGCAACAGCAGCAACAACAACAAGAAUAUGUCGACCAUAAUUUACAGUCAUCGGUCUCGCAGACUUCCAAAAAUCCAAUGCUUUUUUAUGGUAUGAAUGUCUGAAUGGUGUCAUUAGUUGUGGUGUAUAACGCUUAAAUAGUACCUAAUAUAUAUUAUAUAUAAUAUAUCUACGAUGUUUGAUGGCUCUUAAAUAAGUUUUACUAUAACAUAGAUAUAUUUGUAAAUUGUUUUCGAUGCAUAUGUUGAUAAGAGGCGAGAGGCGAUAAAUUUUACCAUAAAACAAAAAAUUAAAUUCUGGUAUAAUUUAUGAGUAUUAUGUGAUUAUGUGAUCAUAAAUUAUAUUAGUACCGACCUACUGUACAAGUCUUCCUUUAAUAUGCAGACGAUAACGCAAUGAUAAUAUCAAAUUAUCAAUAUCUAGAUUUAAAUCCAUUGUAAAAACACUAUCAUUUCAGUGAAAUAACAUGUAGGUGCCCAAUUGUUAUAUUGUUAUGAAUAAAAACUGUAUUAUUAAGUUCUAAUAAUAAAAUAUAUAUUAUAUACGUACGCUUAUUGUCAGCAUUUAUCGAAUUAAGUAAAAUGGUUUAAAAAAAAAUAAAAUAAAUUCAA